GACAGCCCGUCCAGGAUCGCGCGGAAGGGGCACGGGCCGAGCGGCGAGCGGGCACGUGACGAACACCUCGAGAAGGGGGACGCUGGGAAACCGGAGAACCUCGCGGAGAAACCGGUGACCACCGUCACCGUAGUGCAACGCAAGUCGCCGUCGCUGACCAUCAGGAGCUUCCCGAAGAACGCCGCGCACGAUAACCAAACUCAGGACAAGUCGGAGGCGCGUUGCAGCUCGACGCUACCGUACGCCAUCUCGAAAUGGCCUGAUCAGAAACCGUCGAGCGAAUCGACUGUCAGAAAAUCCCGAUUGAGCAUAAAAUCCGAGUCGGAAUCCGGCAUACACGGCAAACUGUCCUUGUCUUCGUCGCCCCACGAGGUGCGCCGCAAACUCUCUCUGCUGGAAGAGAAGCGAGCCAUCUUUCAGCGCCGGUUGUUCGACACCAGCCGAGAUUCCGAUUCCGGGGAAACCGUGGUCGCCGUUGAUCUCGACGACGAAGAGAGGAGGAGGUCGUUGGAGCCUAAACGCGAAGAGACCACCAAGAAAAGGGCGAGACACAUCAGCGUGAAGAAGUUCGACACGUUCUCCACGUUCGAGGGAACGUUCGACGAAGAGACCGGUGUCGGCUACCUGGCGGGCAUCGAGGAGGAUUACACCGAAAGCUACGACCGGCAGAACGACUAUCCGCUUCCGACCACCAUGGGGCCCAUGGUGGGCGCCGCGGACGUCGCGGAGAAGGCCAAAUUCGCCAGCCAGGACAGCACG